AUGGCUUCAUACUCCUCACGGCUUGUGCAAGUAAAGCAGAAUUGUCAUGGUACCUUCAGUCGCUCAGGUGGUGGAUCGGCCAUUCCGGAAAGGAAGCCGACUGAGCAAGAAGUGCAAAGACAGGAAGCAGAGAGCGAGGAAGAAGAAGAAGAGGAGGAAGAGGAGGAGGAAGAGGAGGAAGAGGAGGAGGAAGAGGAAGAUGAGGAGCAGGACGAUCAGGAGAGGGUAAGGGAUGAGGAGGACGACGAGGAGGAGGAAGAAGAGGAGGAAGAGGAAGAGGAAGAAGAGGAAGAGGAAGAAGAGGAUGAAGACGAAGAGGGACAUGAGGAGCUGAAGUCCGUGAAUGGAGAAGCGCAACAGGAUUCACCGCAUCUUUCGUCUAAUCACACCUUGCUUGAAAGCAGCAUUGCAGAGCUGCGGGCAUGUAUUUCAUCUAGCCGCAGCCAGAUACAGUCUGUACAAGAAAGACUCAGCAGCAUUGCCUCCCAACGGAGACCGCAGCAGAGCAGCGGCGAGCUGCAGGCGGUGAUGGAGAGGUUGCGCCACGCCCAACACCACAGCGCAGGCCUUGAAGCUCCCGAGCUCAAGGUGCGCGAUCUCCGUAAGCAGCAGAGAGCCGCCAGGGAGGAAGUGGCCGCCCUCCGGGAUGCCGGUGGAGGUGGCGAUGGGCCCUGCCAUGAUCAGAUUGCGUACCUGAUGUGGCAAUGUGAGAGCAUACGUGGGUCGAUAGAGGCUGCCGAAAAGGAGGCAGCCACGGAACAACAGCGAAUUUCGCAGCUGGAGGCCAAGAUGAGUGCUGAGCACCAGGCGGGCGACGAGUAUGCCUUGGCUCUGAAGUACCAACUGGCUGAAACAGCUCGCCUUGGAGCAAUGGAAAAAGAUGCUGCGACUGAAGCUGCCGAAUUGGCGGAUCGUUACUGGGACUAUGCGCCGUUCAGCGCCGCUACCCCUGAUUUCACUGCCACGGCCAUCGAUCAGGAGAUCGUGCAGUUGCGGCACCGCGUAGGCUUUGAAGAGGAAGAGGUCGCCCGCCUGGAAGGCAGGCUGCUGCAGGCCCGUGCCGGCUGCCAGUCGGCAGGCGAGGAGGCGGUAGCUGCUUUCCAGCUCGCGCAGGCUCUGCUUGAGCAAUCCAAGGCCUUGGAGCGUGAUGAGGACGAGGCUGCCCACGCCAAUCUUGAGAACAUUGUCACAAUGCAGGGACAGGCCAGGAGAAGGCAAGUGCACGAAAGAGAAGAGUUGCCACGAGGUGUGAAAGCCGAGCCGCUCAAGUCCAGGAGAUUGAAGAGCAGUCCAUCCGAGAAAGUCUUGAGGGAAGCGCUUGGCGAGGUGCGACGUCACAACAAGGAGUUGGAAAGACAGGUUGAAGCUGCGAGGAUUCGUUUGGCCAGCAAGCCAUCCAGCAAAGGGCUGCAUUGA